AUGGGGUAUAAUAUUGCAAUGGUUACUGAUUUUUUCUAUCCUCAACCAGGAGGUGUGGAAUUUCAUGUAUAUCAUUUAUCUCAAAAAUUAAUUGAAUUAGGACAUUCAGUUAUCAUCAUUACUCAUAAUUAUAAUUCACGUAAUGGGAUACGGACAUUAACUAAUGGAUUAAAAGUAUAUUAUGUACCAUUUUGGGUAAUUUAUCGAAGUUCUGCAUUUCCUACAGUAUUCCUGUGUUUCCCAAUAUUAAGAAAUAUAUUUAUUAGAGAAAAUAUAGAUAUUAUUCAUGGACAUGGAUCAUAUAGUACAUUUGGAUUAGAAGCUAUAUUUCAUGGUAGAACAAUGGGAAUGAAAACUGUUUUUACUGAUCAUUCAUUAUCUGGAUUUGCUGAUAUUGGAUCAAUCUUAGGUAGUAAAGUUUUAAAAUUUAGUUUAACUGAUGUUGGUCAUGUUAUUUGCGUAAGUCAUACAUGUAAAGAAAAUACAGUAUUAAGAGGUAAUUUAGAUCCCAUGAGAGUAAGUGUCAUUCCAAAUGCUGUUGUACUGAAAGAUUUUAGACCUGAUAAUUCUAUAAGAAGAAAAAAAUCAACUGAUGAUAUUACUAUUGUUGUCAUUACAAGAUUAUUCCCUAAUAAAGGUGCUAAUUUAUUAACAGCAAUUAUUCCUAAAAUAUGUCAACAAAAAUCUAAUGUGAGGUUUCUUAUAGGUGGAGAUGGACCUAAAUUUCUUGAUUUAGAACAAAUGAGAGAGAAAUAUUUCUUACAAGAACGAGUCAAACUAAUUGGUGCAGUUAAACAUGAAGAAGUACGAAAUGUAAUGAUUCAAGGUGAUAUUUAUUUACAUCCUUCAUUAACUGAAGCAUUUGGAACUGUUUUAGUAGAAGCAGCUUCAUGUGGAUUAUAUGUGGUUACUACAAGAGUUGGAGGUAUUCCUGAAGUUUUACCAAGCCAUAUGACUAGUUUUGCUGAACCUGAAGCAAAUUCAUUAGUUGAUGCUGCUAUUGAUGCAAUUAAUAAAAUUGAACAUAAUGAAAUAGAUACUUCAAAAUUCCAUGAUGCAGUUGGUGAAAUGUAUAGUUGGGGUGAUAUUGCUGAAAGAACUGAAAAUGUUUAUGAUUCAUUAGAUUUAAGUAAAUUAAAUCAACCAUUGAUUAAAAAAUUACCCAAAUACUAUAAUGGAGGAAUAAUUGCUGGGAAAUUAUUCGUCCUUUGUGUUAUUGUUGAUAUUUUCUUGUAUACUCUAUUAGAGUGGCUAUAUCCUGAAGAAAAUAUCGAUAAAGCAAGCAAAUGGCCCAAAAUGAACAAAAAAGACAGAAAACAGAACUAUCAUCAGCAAGAAGACACUACUUCAAUUGAUCUUCAAAUAAAUUAG